AAUUUCUGAAAACAUGAAAACUAACGUUCAUUGGAAAAAUAAUCUAGUUAGUUAUGGCUCUUUGUUGAAAAUUAUUAAUGCUUUCAAAGCCUUAAUAUGAGUUUAAAAUAAUGUAAGUUACUUGCAGUAUUGUAACUAGAACUGAUCAAUGCUGUAAUUUUUUGAAGUAGAUCUGAAUCAUUGAAGAUGGCAGCUGAUAGUGAUGAGUGCUACCAAUCAACGAAUUCCAAGCCAAAAAAUGAAGAAAGCAGUCCUAAAGAAAACGAACGGAAUAUCAAUUAUGAAGAAAACAUUAUUCUGGUGAAAUCCGAAUACAUAUCCGACCAUGAAACAUUGGAUGAGUUGGAUACAACAGACGGUGAUUUUGAUCAGUCACUGCAAACCAGUUCAGAUAUUGAUGGAGCGCUUUCAGAAAAUGUCUCGUCUAAAGCUGGGCAGAUUUCGGAGCCCGUUGCCAAAUUGCGGGAGAAUGAUAAUGAAGCUGAAACUGAAAGAACCUCCUGCUCGCCUGAUAUCAAACGAGGAAUAGAAGAGGAUGAAGAUGUAACAAAAAAUGAUAACAAAAUAGAAGAGGAAGAAGAUGCAGAUGAUCCUGAUAGUGAGACGGAGACGAAUGCGGUGGAAACUCGAAAGAUUUUCUUGCCUGCUUUUCCAAUCAGCCAUCAAAAUGUAAGUUUUGAAUCUUACAUAUGUCUUGAAUCUUUUAGGUUUUGUCGUAAGGAGCGUCUGUUUAGCCUGGUAGAGUUAGUGGUCGAGUAA